UAAUUUUCACAUAAUUGAUCAAGAUUAUCAUCAUAAUAAUAAUAUCUGUUAUACCAUAUACAUAACUGAUAAUAUACUAAUGGCUUAUCGACGUUUAAGUAUGAGUCCUGGUGAAGCAUUACAAACUGAAAUACCUGAAGCAAGACGUAUGGAAAAUUAUCGAUCUGGAAAUUGUUUAUUGAAUUAUUUUGAUCCAAAUACAAAAAAGUUUCGUAAUUUCACAGCUUCACAAUUUGGUGAUGUUUGGAAUCAUUUCGAUCAAGAUGGUAAUGGAUUUAUAGAUGGUGAAGAACUUGAAAUGUUCAUGGGCAAACUAGUCGAAUGUAUCAUACCGAAACAUGCUAGAAAUCAACUAUCCGAGGAUGAUACUCGUGAAUUAGUUAAUGAGUUAUUAAAAGUAAUCGAUACGAACAAUGAUAAUCGAAUCGAUAUUAGAGAGCUGGCUCAAUUACUUCCAACUGAUGAGGAAUUUUUAAUUUUAUUUCAACGAGAAAAUAAGCUAAAUUCCAGUGUUGAUUUUAUGAAAGUAUGGCGAGAAUUCGAUAAAGAUCAUAGUGGAUUUAUUGAAGCAGAUGAAUUAAAAGAUUUUCUGACAGAACUUCUAUCAUUUGGAAUACAUAAAGAUGAUGAAAAAUUUGAUGAAAAGAUUAUUGAAUACACUGAUACAAUUCUGAAAUUAUUCGAUCAUAAUCGAGAUGGUAAAUUACAACUAAGUGAAAUGUCUCGUUUAAUACCAGUGGAAGAGAACUUUUUAUGUCGUCCAAUAUUUAAACAUGCCGGUAAAAUUACGGCAGCUGAUGUAGAUCGUGUUUUUGCAUUAUAUGAUACAGAUAAAAAUGGAACCAUUGAAGAUCUUGAAUUGUAUGGUUUCUUAAAAGAUCUUCUUGAACUUGUUGAAGAAGAUUUUGAUGAAUCAGAUCUUGAUUAUACACGAUCUAUGAUUUUACAAAAUUGGGAUUUUAAUAAUGAUGGGAAAAUUAGUUUGGAAGAAAUGCGUAUGCUUUUGUUAGCUUACAGUUCAAAAGACUCAAAAAUAGAUAAUGAUAAUUAUAAUUAUCAUAAUGAUGGUUCUAAAACUAGCAAUAAAAAAAUAUCUAUGGCUAAAUCUAAUCCAAGACAUUCAACUGGAGAGAAUGUAGAACGUCAAAACAUCAUUAAAACCACUUGGUCAAAACGGAAAUGAAUAAAACAUAUGUAACAAUCACUAUUUUGUGUGUGUGUGUUCAUUUGUCUUCUUUAUAAAGUACCAUUCUUCAGUGAAUAAUUUGGCUGGAAUAAACGGUGAAGAUUUAAUAAAUAAAGCGAAAAUAAUAUGUAAUUAUUUGACAAAUAUACGAAAUUCUAUGCUAGUUG